GACAGAGUGAAGCCGAUUUGAGUUUUGCAGCUUCUUUGUUACUUGGAGAAUCACUCAAUCAUUCAAUUAAUCGCUGUUAUAUCAACGAAACUGGAGAGACAACCUUACUCGAACGUCUCUGAUACCCAAAUUGCAAAAAGACUAUAGCCAUUUGAAGAAAUCGUACUUAUAUUAAUAGUCAUGCCAGAGCAACUGUGUGCAAGCCUUACAUCCAACGAUAGCUGCCCCCCCUCACCGGAUUCUGGCGUCUCCAGUAAGAGGCUAUCCUGGAGCAAACUGAUGCAGAAACUUUCAGAGUUCGGAGGCAACACCAGCAGUCAUAGCUUGGACUCCGACUCGGACUCUAACGGAGACGAUGUAUCUGACUCAGGUUCGAUUUCCUUUCCUGAUUUGCACGCAGCAGACGCGGAUAUAUUCUACGAUCCAAGGGAAGAGACCCUACGGAAAGAAGUUGUGGAGCUUAUUGCUCGUAGCCUAACGGAAGCUAAAGACUGUACCCUUCAUUGCUCCAAACUUCUCAUUCCCGAGAAACUUCUAGAACACAUCGGCCAAGAGCUCGUUCACCUGGCGGCGACUGAGCCUUGCGGCCUGCGGGGGGCAGUCAUUGACCUGUGUGUGGAAGAGGGAGAUAUUUGUCAGAAUAUGGGACAAAUAGCAGUGGACCCUUACCUUGUCCCUACGUUUCAGUUGACGCUGGUGCUGAGACUUGAUUCUGGUGGCUUUUGGCCAAAAAUUCAAGGUCUCUUCGCUCCCAAGUCUCCCACAGCUCCAGUUGUUAGACAUGCUCUUAAACUUAGCACUGGUUUUAGGGCCAUCAAAAAGAAACUUUACAGCUCAGAAGAGCUGGUUAUUGAGGAAUGUUGACCCCCUCCCCCCUUCCCAAAUGAAAAAAAAAAGGAAAAGACUUGAACUUAAGGACUGCUGCAGUCAUAUUGUCUUACAAAGCCAUCUGACACUGUUUGGGGCCUGCAAAAGGCCUGUGAUCAGGGCAAAAUCAGACAUCAGUUCUGUUAAUAAAAAUGUUCAAACCCAUGUCUUAAGAUUUAGUUGAAGUUCAGUCAGGAGUGACCUGUAUCUGUGAAGCAGCUACAUUUUCUUAUCCUUGGCUGCUGGGGUACUUGGGCGAAAAUGUGGAACAUGAAGAAUUUUGUUUUUUAAUUUAGAAUAUUGAACAAAUACUGUAUUUAGACUACAUAGUUCUUGAAUACUUGCACUUCAAACAGUUCUGUGUGUAUGUAAAGGUGCUUUUAUUGAGAUGUUUACCUCUGUUUCUGUGGAAACCAGACCAUGGCAGCUAGCUGUUUGGUUUUGUAGCAAGGGUGUU